CUUGCAACGCUUCUCUAUUGUCACGGUACAACCAUGUGAACCCCUGGUGGGGCGCCACAGGUGUAUGUGAAAUACAUAGAUGAAGGACCUCUUGUCCUUUUCUCUUUUCUCCUCGUCCUAAAAACUAUCUUGUCUACCGAAACCUAACAUAUAUCAUAAGCUAAUACCUGAUAUAAUCUCUCUAUGGGUUACCACCCUUUUCAUCAGUUGAUUUGGCAAGAUUAUAAUUUCUUCAUACGCUUUAAGUUACAAUCAAUUUAGAACCUCACUCUACUCGAGGGGUUGCUGUUGCUAUCUCCACUUAUAGGGACUCCCUCACAGACAGUACUGUGACAAGAUAUAUCCUGUGUAAUAUCUAGGCAGGUAGUCAAUACCAAACUACAUACAUGCAAACAUGCGUUGGUGCCUAGGUAACCAUGGUAUGCGCUUGGCGAUGCUUGCCCUAGGUUGGGUAGGCACACAAUGGGUUGUCCUGAGAAACACCAACAAGGUAAUCACGUACAUUUCUGCCAGUCCCUUACUGUCAAAAACAACUCUCUCCGCCCCUCACAGAAACUACCUACCUAUAUAACGAAACCAAAAUCAUUCAACGCAGUUACUACCUACGUACACUUCUCGUUAUUCCGGUUCGCAGGCUUACUUGCGGUUAGUAAUUAUCUGACGCGUCAAUCGUGAUCGACAGAUUCUAAGUACGAUUUAACUUAGUCGUCGUCUACUUCAAGAUGCAGCUUAGUACCUGUUGGGUUAUCCUCGCAUCUUUCGUCGUCAUUCUGAUUUGUGCGCCGGCUGAGGUCCAUGAAGGCCACCCUACCCUUGGCGAGGCUUCGGGUGGGACCACGAGCGAGCCCUUCACUCCUUAUCCGAAUACAAGCCAAACCGGGCUACCGACUGAGUCGUUCUCUCACUUCCCAACUAUGUCUUUUGCGCCUUAUCCCGACGACCCAAAAACAUCGUCCCCCAUCUCUUUCGUCAAAUCCGCUUCCAGCAUCGAUAAUAACACCCCCAUCAAAGAUUUCCGCCUCCAGUGCAGCAGCAACAGCUUGGGGCUGGUGGAGUCUCAAGCUAGGCCAGGGAUUUACUAUCUUCGAGGUGUCUGUAGCGGCAGGUAUAAUGACGCUCAUGCGUCACGCUGCUCCUUUCUGGACCUUAGCAUGUGUUAUGCCAACGAUGGGGGAAAUAUACUUCCUCGGAAGAUGGGAAACUUCUUGGCUUCCUGCGAAAGGUGUGUUCUCUACAUCUCCCACGGAGCGGAUAUGUUAGCUUGUACCUGUGGAAGAGGCGAUCACAACGGUGGAGGGACGCAGGAGAGUGCGGUUCAACUAGACAACCUGCUAUACGUGAAAAAUGGCUUCUUGAGUUGCCACGGCUAUACCAAUUUUGAGUGCCCUGAGGUGGACGAACCGUUCUAAAACAUACCUGUGUUCGACAUUUCGCAACGAUCAAAGUAAUAACUAGGUGCCUAACUGCUAGUAAUGCUGAAGCCUUAACUUCUCAAUAUCAUUUUCGUGCCAACUCUUCUUGUACUUUUUAAGCCUCAUAGAUUUCCACGUUUGUUAAUGAUAUUGGACCGUUCCGGCAACCGCAGCCCUCGACAAGGAAGAUUAUAGGUACCUAGACCUACCAAGUAAUUUUUAAAAGAUCGUUAAGUAAUUAGGUUAGGUACAGGUAGGUAGGCUUUCCGUGAAACGGACAUAGAAUAAUAUGCUCGGACCGGCCCGGACUUCAGUGGGUCUGUCGGCUGGACCUAGAACUGGCCGAAAUUAACAUCACCGCUUAACAUCCUUUGCUAAUACCUGUACCUGCAUA